GGCGACAUUACGUAAUUGAAGUUUCCUUCUGUCCUUUUUUUUUUUUCGCUCGAGAAAAUUCUUCAACCGUCUUUCACUUCACUCCUCCUCUUUCACAAAAUUUCUCGUCUUUCACGAUACAAUCCCAUUCUCCAUUCUUUCUCUCUUGACAUCUGACUCCAUCCCCUCUGUGUCACCUGUAUACCUCUACCCAGUCUUCUUCUCUACAGCAUGAACGGAUUCACUCGAGCUAUCCGCUCAGCUCCUCUGCGACAGCAGUCGCGACUGCAGGCAUCCUGUCUCGGAGCCAAGCGGUUCAACAGUGGCAAGGUCAACGGACCAAUCGUUGGUAUCGAUCUCGGAACAACCAAUUCCUGUGUCUCGGUCUACGAAGGCGGUUCAGCUAAAGUCUUGGAAAACUCUGAGGGAGCCAGGACAACACCGUCAGUUGUUGCGUUCACCAACGAUGGCGAAAGAUUAGUCGGACAACCAGCCAGGCGGCAGGCUGUGGUCAACGCGGAGAACACCAUCUUCGCUUCUAAGCGAUUGAUCGGACGAAAAUUCCAGGACAAAGAAGUGCAGAACGAUAUCAAGAACGUUCCAUUCAAGAUUGUUGCUCACAACAACGGCGAUGCCUGGGUCGAAGCUCGAGGCAAACAAUACUCCCCAUCCCAGAUCGGUGCCUUUGUCGUCGGCAAGAUGAAGGACACUGCAUCUGCCUACCUUGGCAAGCCAGUCAAACACGCAGUCAUCACCGUCCCCGCUUACUUCAACGAUUCUCAACGACAGGCUACAAAGGACGCCGGUGUUAUCGCCGGUCUUGAAGUCCUACGAGUGAUCAACGAGCCUACCGCCGCUGCUCUCGCCUACGGUCUCGACAAGCAAGAAUCUCAGGUUGUUGCUGUUUACGACUUGGGUGGUGGCACUUUCGAUGUCUCCAUCUUGGAGAUGCAAAAGGGAGUCUUUGAGGUCAAGUCCACUGGCGGUGACACCCAUCUUGGUGGAGAAGACUUUGACAUUGCCCUUGUCAAGUACAUUUUGGAGGAUUUCAAAAAGACUGAAGGCAUCGAUCUCAGCAACGACACUGUCGCCAUCCAGCGUGUCCGUGAGGCCGCCGAGAAGGCAAAGUGCGAACUGUCUAGCUCUGGAGCCACCGACAUUUCUUUGCCAUACAUCUCCCAGAAGGAUGGCGCUCCCAAGCAUCUCUCCGUCAACCUCACCCGAUCGCGAUUCGAGGCCCUUGUCAAGCCAUUAGUUGACCGCACCAUCAAACCCUCUGAGGACGCCCUCAAAGCAGCGCAGGUCUCUGCUUCCGACAUCAAUGAUGUCAUUCUCGUUGGUGGUAUGACCCGAAUGCCCAAGGUCGUCGAGACCGUCCGCAACGUCUUCAAGCGGGAGCCAAGCAAGGGUGUCAACCCUGACGAGGCUGUUGCUAUCGGAGCCUCCAUCCAGGGUGGAGUCCUCGCCGGAAGUGUCACCGAUAUUUUGCUGCUCGACGUCACGCCAUUGUCUCUCGGAAUCGAGACUCUUGGAGGAGUUUUCAGCCGUCUGAUCAACCGUAACACCACCAUCCCGACCAAGAAGUCAUCCGUUUUCUCCACUGCCGCCGACGGACAAACCUCCAUCGAUGUCAAGGUGUACCAGGGAGAGCGAGAACUUGUCCGUGACAACAAACUCUUGGGCAACUUCCAAUUCAGCGGAUUAGCCCCAGCACCCAAGGGUGUUCCCCAGAUCCAGAUUGCUUUCGACAUCGAUGCAGAUGGUAUCGUCAACGUCAGCGCCACCGACAAGGCUACCAACAAACAGCAAUCUCUGACCAUCGCCUCAUCCUCCGGAUUGUCGGACAACGAGAUUAAGAACAUGGUGGCUGAUGCCGAGAAGUAUGCAGAGAGCGACAAGGAACGUCGACUCGUCAUUGAAGAAGCCAACAAGGCCGAGAGCUUUGUUUCCGACACUGAAAAGUCUUUGGUCGAAUUCGGAGCCCAGCUUGCGACCGCCGAGAAGGACAAGGUUAAGGCUCAGCUCAACGAAUUGAGGGAAAUUGCCGCCAAGGGAGCUGCUGGUGACGCCUCUGUCAAGGCCGAGGACAUCAAGGCUGCCUACGAUGCGGCUCAGCAGGCGUCUUUGGGCUUGUUCCAACAGGCAAGUUUUAGUCUCAACCGUCCUAGUCAUGGGCUGACACAAGCUGCAGGUGUACGAGAAGAGACAAGCCGACGAAAAGGCUAAGGAGGAAUCAGCCUCCUCUGACAGCACCUCGGGAUCAUCCAGCACUGAGGGAGAGGGUGAGAAGAAGCAAUAGACGUCAUGCAGGAUUGCAUUAGAAGCACAGAUGAUAAUGGCAUCUCAAAAUCCCUCCGCCUCACUAUCCCUGCCAUCACUCCUCUUCUCACGAUGGAUGGAGAUCUCCUUGAAUUAUUCGCUGAUCAUGCUCUUGUAUACUACGUAAUUGAACUACAGCCGGUGCCUCGUAGGCUCGAUGCUGCAUACAUCUCUCCCCCGCCUACUUGAUCCACACCGAGGCUUUGUAACAAAAACAACAUUUCAUCGGAUGCAUGUCAUCUCACCUCUC